AUGUCCGAAUCAAAUUUCAGCUACGGUGACAAUGGAACAUUCUCCCCUCCUAUGGAUGUAUCCAAUCAAAUUCAAAAUGGAGCUCUACAAAAUACAAGUGGAAACUCGAAUUAUUCAAGCGGAUCAAGUGGCGAUUCACCAACAUCCUUAAGUCCUGUUCCAAUGUCAUCCGGUGGACAGUUCAUGGGUAUUGGCGGAAAUUCGAAUUCAUCAACGAGUUCAACACCAACAGCUACAACAAGUGGUGGAAUGAGCUCUGCUGCUGCUGCUGCUGCAGCCGCGGCGGCGGUAGCUGCAUCGAGAUACGCAUGUGUUAUUUGUGGUGACAAAGCAUCUGGAAAGCACUACGGAGUUCAUAGUUGUGAAGGAUGUAAAGGAUUUUUUAAACGUACCGUACGAAAAGAUUUAACAUACACAUGUCGAGAUAACCGAGAAUGUAUUAUUGAUAAACGACAACGAAAUCGUUGCCAAUAUUGCCGUUAUCAAAAAUGUCUUACUGUUGGGAUGAAAAAAGAAGCUGUUCAAGAAGAGAGACAAAAAUCUGGUAUGAAUGGUGAAGGCGAAUCACCAUCAUCACCCGGUGCAAGUGUGGGAAGUGGUAGUACAAGCGCACAUAUGGGCAUAUGCUCAUCUGGUUCUAAUGAUGAUGAAAUGUUAAUUGAAAAAUUAAUUGCCGCUGAAUUAUCUGUUGAACCAAAAAUAGACACAUUUCAUGAAGAAGAAUGCUCCUAUGAUCGCUUAUUAUCGACAACUAAUUCUCAACUUGCACAAUUAACAGAUUGGGCCAAACGUGUACCACAUUUUUCAACAUUGUCACUUGAUGAUCAAGUUGCACUUGUUCGUGCAUCAUGGAGAGAUAUACUCUGUUGUUCACUUGCAUACAGAUCGAUUAUGGCACCAGAUUGUGGUCUUAUUUUAUCGGAUGGCUCUUAUGUUCGACCUCAUACAGCAGUUGAUCAAUCGCUUCAAUUCUUUAUUACUCGUCUUUACCAUGAUGUUGUUACAAUAAUGCGUGAAUUAAAUGUCGACAAGGUCGAAAUAACAUGUCUCAAGGCUAUUUUUCUUUUUGAUCCUGAUGCGAAAGAUGUUGUCGAUACAUGUCGUGUAUCAGAAUUACGCGAAAAAGUUUGUAUGUCAUUAGCAUCGUAUUGUAAAAAAGUUCAUAGUGACGACGUUGCACGUUUUGCUAAAUUACUUCUUCGUAUGCCACCUAUACGUGGCUGGUGUAUAAAAGGAAUUGAAAAUUUAUUUUUUGCUGGUGCAGCUCGUUCAGCUGAUUCCGAAAUAAUAAAUAUGAUUCGAAACCGACAACUCUAA